CCUCCUCCUCCUCACAGCGUUGGUCGCCAUCCAUCCCCUCUCCUCCUGUACCAUAACAGAUGGUGAGAACAACAUAGCAUCCACCGGGCACCACAACAAUAGACCACAGCAUCCAGUCCGGACACCCCUGGCCUUGUACCAUCAUGCUCCUCGUGCAGGACUGCGCGCGGCAUUGAGUGCCGUCGUGAUUCAUUUCACGCGGUACCACCAACACCACGGCCACGGAGGAACCUUCUUGCGACUGUUUGGGCUCUCCAUCGAGCGGGGGAAGAUGGCCGCUAUGAAAAUAUUAACAGGCACAGGGCUCUGCUUGGCGUUCUGUGCUCUGGGGCUGCUCGCCAUGGCGAUUUGCACCGAUUAUUGGUACGAGACCGACGCGAGGAGGCACCGAGAGAGAUGUAAAAACUAUGCCAACAAGCGGAACGACCCGGGUUACAUAUACAUUUCGAACCACAACCUGCCCCUCCAGAUGCCUCCAAAGAGCCUGGAGAGGAAAGGUAACGGCCCAGAUGCUGUGGCUCUCAUCCGGGGGAAGCGGCACUUCCUGGCUGCAGCGUCCGCCAUGGAGUCUCACUGCAACCGACAGUUUAACUCCACCAUCUCCGGGCUGUGGAGGAAAUGUCACCGAGAGGGCUUCGACCUGGAGACCGAGGACCUUAUUUAUAAAGGUAUCAUUCAAAGAUGUACCCCAGUCAAGUACCACUACUCUUCCUCCAUCCUACCGAAAAAUUUACCCGUCAACAUCACAAAGACCAUACGACAGGAUGAGUGGCACGCACUCCAUCUAAGAAGAAUGACGGCCGGCUUCGUGGGAAUGGCCGUGUCCAUCAUUCUCUUCGGCUGGAUCAUCGGAGUGCUGGGAUGCUGCCAGCAGCAUGACCUCAUGCAAUAUGUAGCUGGGCUACUCUUUCUCAUGGGAGGAACAUGCUGCAUCAUCUCCCUGUGCACAUGUGUGGCAGGAAUCAACUUUGAGUUAUCGCGCUACCCCCGCUACAUGUAUGGCCUACCUGAGGACAUUAGCCAUGGCUAUGGCUGGUCCAUGUUUUGUGCCUGGGGAGGCCUGGGCCUCACGUUGCUGGCCGGCUUCCUCUGCACCUUGGCGCCCUCUUUGAGCACACCUGCUCGCACGACAACCCACAAGCCCAGGCAGGAGAAUGGAACCGUGUGACAGAGGCGUGGGGAAGCGACUGACCCACAGAACGCACAAAGCACACCCUUCCAACCUUGAUGUUUGACUUUGAAACAGUUUUAUGUCUGAUCACCACUUCACAUUACCCUAGACAUCGCCAUCCCCCCUUCAGUGUUCAGUGUGCCUGAGGAGGAGAAGAGCAACAGAGCAACAACAAACUUCACACACCUGAUCUUGGACCUUCGGGAACACAUAGAGUGACACCUGCAGUAAUGCUCUUAUAGCACAAAUAAGACUUUUUUGGGGGGUGGGGUUCAGAUGUUUGACAGGCUGACUUUAUGGCGAUCUUGAUGUGACUGUUUUCUCUGAAGAGAAUUUGUCUUAAAAUGGUGCUCUCUUAAACACACACACAAAAACACACACACAAACACACACACUAGCAAAUGCUUUUCCAGACAUGCUCAAUUACUCUGAAUGAAUCAUGGGAGCAAUCCUCCAAAAGAAGCAAACACACAAAACAUCAGGCCAGAGCAUCUUGUCAGCAUUCCUCUUUCAGUCAAGUGAUGUGUGCUGUGUUAUUGUUCCUGAUGAAAAAAAAAAUCUGGCAUUGACAGCCCGUUGCUAUCUUGUGUGUAGCACACUAACUGAUGUGAAAUAUGAGCCCCGGGGGGAUCGUCUGCAACCUCUGCAGAGCACCAAGUGCAUCAAGCAGCGUGGUCAGUAUACGAUAAAAUACAAAGUCAAUUUGCAUUGAAAAGCAAAACCUUCUUUAAAGAUUCUAUAUGUAUAAAUGCAUCUCUGUGUAGAUCCAGAUCAUUGUUUGUGUGAAGUAGAUUUUGAAUAAGAAUGUUUGUUUUCUGUUUGUUCAGAGGUGAGGAUGGCUGAAAGUGUGGAGAGGAAAUAGUUAUAGGAUGAUGCUAGCAGCAUGAAUCCAUUACUGGGUUCAGCAACAUGAAGGUAUUUUGUGGCACCAAUCUGAUAGAGCUGAUGCGGGUGUUUGCUGACAACUAAAUCAUAAUCUGACAAGAGCGAAAUAGCACAAAUCAAACUGUGGAGAAGGAUUUCAUUUGCUCCCUUUUUAUCCUUAUGGGGUCUGCCUUUUUUAGUGUAAUAUUCUGAAAAGAAGCGGGUUAAGCAAUUUUUAAAAGAAAAGAAAAAAGCAACCUCACUGAAAAGAAAAGCACAAGCUGAGGUCCAAAUCCUCAUCUGCAGAAAAGGAACAACGACCAAAGGGUCAUGAGGUCUCAAUUUAAAUCUGGAUUAGAGAGCUACUGACAAAAUAAAAGUGGCAGAAUUUGGGGGAUGAUUUACAUCAUUGAGAUCAUUGUCCUUCAAUGUAUGUCGAGAAGCCUUUCUCUCUUAUGAGUGUUUCAAAUGAAGAUGGAUGUUUGUGUAAUGGUGCAAAAUUGUUAAAAAGUUAAAAAUGAGCUGAAAACAUUUAACAUUCUUGAUUUAAAAGUUGAAUAUUAAGAAUGUGGCAUCCCAAAUCCACAGUUUCAUUGACGUGUGCAACAGAUGUUGUGUCAUCUCUUGACCAGUAGUUAAGUACUGGUUACUUAAUUCCCACAUAGAGGAAUAGGGAGUAUUAUGAGAUAGGACCAUGGGAAUUAUUCAAAUUUUCUCUUAUUCAAUCAUAUGAUUAAAAAUACCUCAAAAUCUGAUGUGGAACAAGCACAAAUAGUUGUUUUGAGAGGUUCUUGAAAACAGUGUAUUAAAAAUUUGCAGCCUAAAUGUUGAGAGGAUUUACAUUUUACUAUAAAGUUGGUCAAAUUCCCUGAGGACUUCUUGGCAACCUGUGCUAUCGCUAACUUGCAAACUAAUUAUUUUGAGCUCUGACUGAUCAGUGGAUGUCAUGAUAUCGAAGGUGGAAAUUAGGUGGUUUAAGAUUCAGUAAGCACACAUUUGUUUGCUGUAAAAGAAGAAGAAUACAUGAUGGAUUUUGAUUUGAGAUUACAAAGAAAUGCAUUUUUUUGGGAUAGAUUUGGCCUUUCAAUGUGGAAAACCUGCACAAUAUGAUGUGAUCUUAAAGGGUUAAAAAAGGGCAUUUUCCAUUUCCCUUUGACUUUGAUUGUCGUGUGUUAAUAUGAGGGGAGUGACAAUGGAAAGUUUACUUCAGUAGGAUCUAACCUGUGUUGGACAGUAAUGUGCAAACAUUAUUGCAUUUAUAUUUUGAGAAACAACAAAAUAGUGAAUUAAAAUACACUACUUAUUUCUCAGAAGUACAUUUGUGAUAUAAAAUUAGAAGCUCAAUUUUAAAUCAGCGCUGGAUCCAUGUGUGAAACACUCCUUGAAAUGUGUAGAAACAUAAGUUGUUGUGUCCGAAUGGGUCGUGUCCAAUCAGAGUGUAGCUGGUAUGACAGUGGUUUAAUUGAUAGAAAAAGAGAAAUGAUUCAUGUGGUUACACUUAAGGAUGAAAAUAACUUGCAUCAGCCAAUUUUCUGUUAGUUCCUCCCACUCAUCAAUACAUUUAGUUUUUCAAUUUUAAAGCUAACUACAAUUUCAUGAUCAAAGAAUAUAACAGCCAUGUGUGAAAAAAACGUUUUUAUAAAUGUCAAUGCUGGAGAUGAGUCAUGAGAUAUUCUAUCAGCUACGUCGUAUAAUUUCUUUACAAAAAAAAAGGUGUUAUAAUAUGUAUUGACAACACUGUGUGUGAUGUUCAGUCUUUUCACCAUCACCAUCGACCUCCUCAGGAGGUUUACCACUUUACAGAAGUCGAGGAAAAUACCUGAGGCAUGAUUGAAAACUGUAUCUUCAGUGUCUUGUUGAAUCUUUGCACUUUGCUGGGUCUCAUAAAAGUCUGUGAACCUGAAGUUUGAGCAGGUGAAGUUUUACAUUUUACGUUUGUAAGGUCACUAAAGGGGAGCAAAAGAUGACCAGAGCAUGUAAUAAGCACCCAGUUGUGUCUUUUACAAACGGUUUGGGUCAAUACUAUGUUGUGUGUUUAGGGAAAGUCGGCCUCGGCUCAUUUUGUGAAAAUAUUUAUGCCAGGAUCAAGGACAUACCAUAAAUAUAAUAUUAUUUAUAUCUAUGGUUAGUUCACAGACUCUGAGUCGAUGUGUUCUCUGAUGUCCUGAGAAUCACAGAAUGCUGUGUGGUGUUUUAGUUUGAUGAAGUUUUAAGUUUAAAACCCAAACUGAUGCACAGUAAUAUAAGUACUACUGAUGCAGGAAGCUGUAAUGUGUAAGUACAUGGUGCAAAUAUUCUUUGUUGUUAGGACUGGGGGCACAAUUCUACACAACUAUUACAAGUGUUUUGUGUAUCAUAGGAGGGAAAGUCUGACUUUUUCCAGUACUGUUGUGCCACCACGGAAAGUAUUACAAGCAAAAAUUUAAAAAGCACAUAUUUCCAACCCCAUAUCUCAAAUACUCCAAACCAACAACAGGAGAAGAAUUCUGAACUAAGAUUUGUUAUUGAUUGAUUGAAUUGAGUUCCACUAGAGAAGCACAGUAGCACACAGUAGCAGGAUUUACAGACCGUUAAGAAUAAUGUAUUUUACAAAUCAACUGAGGUCAACACAGUGUAACCAUGUAUUUUCAAUUGCUGUAAAAUCCCCCACAAGUGGCGACUUCCCGUGUUACACGAGGAGCUUAGAAAUGUACCCUGUGCAAUGAGAGGUGCCCAGUGAAAAAAUGCCACCAUUUCAAGUGGCACAUGUUUCAGUAGCACAGCUAUUAUUUUCUACAAGUCAUUUAUACUGGUUCAAUCCACUGCAGAUGUUAUGUGGGGACUAUAAAGACAUUACUGUCUUGCAUGAUCUCAUUACAGUUAGUUUCUUUCAAUAUAUAAAAACUUGUGUCCAUUUUUAAUUUAUUUAUUUUAAUGAAAUAAAAAUACGUAAUUACUAA